CAGCUGGUGUCACCACAUCUCCUUGGGGUCCAUGUGCCUCCAUGUCCCCUUGGGUCCUCCUGGCAUCUCCAUGGCCCCUUGGGGUUCUCCUGGUGGCCCCAUGUCCCCAGAGGGUCCUCCUGCCACCCCCGUGUCCCCAGAAGGUCCCCAUGUCCCUUGGAAUCUUCCUGCCACCCCCAUGUCCCCAGGAGGUCCUCCUGCCACUGCCACGUCCCCAGAGGGUCCUCAUGUCCCCAGAAGGUCCUCCUGCCACUGCCACAUCUCCAGAGGGUCCCCAUGUCCCUUGGGGUCCUCCUGCCACUGCCACAUCCCCAGAAGGUCCCCAUGUCCCCAGGAGGUCCUCCUGCCACUGCCACAUCUCCAGAGGGUCUCCAUGUCCCUUGGGGUCCUCCUGCCACCCCCAUGUCCUCCUGGGGUCCUCCUGCCACAACCAGGUCCCCAGAAGCUCCCCAUGUCCCUUGGGGUCCUCCUGCCACCCCCAUGUCCCCAGAGGUUCCCCAUGUCCCCAGAAGGUCCCUGUGUCCCCUUGGGGUCCUCCUGCCACCCCCAUGUCCCCAGAGGGUCCCCAUGUCCCCAGAAGGUCCCUGUGUCCCCUUGGGGUCCUCCUGCCACCCCCAUGUCCCCAGAAGGUCCUUAUGUCCCCUUGGGGUCCUCCUGCCACCCCAUGUCCCCAGAAGGUCCCUGUGUCUCCUUGGGGUCCUCCUGCCACCUGCGGGUCCCCUUGGGUCCUCCUGCCACCCCCACGUCCCCAGAAGGUCCCCAUGUCCCCAGAGGGUCCCCCUGCCACCCCAUGUCCCCAGAAGGUCCCUGUGUCUCCUUGGGGUUCUCCUGCCAUCUGUGGGUCCUCUUGGAGUCCUUCUGCCACCCCCACGUCCCCAGAAGGUCCCCAUGUCCCCAGAAGGUCCCUGUGUCUCCUUGGGGUCCUCCUGCCACCUGCGGGUCCCCUUGGGUCCUCCUGCCACCCCCACGUCCCCAGAAGGUCCCCAUGUCCCCAGAAGGUCCCCCUGCCACCCCAUGUCCCCAGAAGGUCCCUGUGUCUCCUUGGGGUCCUCCUGCCACCCCCAUGUCCCCAGAG